CCAGGCAAUAUGAAGCUGACCCUGGUCCAGAUCUUUUUCAUCAUGCUUCUGCUGCUACUGGGCCUGGGGUUGGGCCUAGGGCUGGGGCUUCAAAUGGCUGCAGCAGUCCUGGAGGACAGUGAUCAGCCACUGAAUGAGUUUUGGUCCAGUGACUCACAGGACAAGGCUGAGGCCACUGAGGAGGGAGAGGGCACUCAGACCCCAGAAACCCUGGUGCUUAGCAACAAAGCAAUUGUGCAGCCUGCCUGGCCAGAAGAGACCAUCUUCAGUGAAGAUGAGGUUGGAGAGAGCCAGGGUCUCAGAGCAGAGGCCCUCUUUCAGAGCUACAGAGACUAUCUUAGGCUUGACUUGACAGCCAGAGAAUGUAAUGCCAUGAUGGCACCCAAGAUGAAGCAGCACAAUCACAGUUGCAUAACCGAGUACACAUUCAUCCAUGAGGAUCCAAGCGAGGUCAAAGCCAUCUGUAACAGUCCCACUGUUGCCUGUGAGCUCAAGGGGGCCAAAUGUCACAAAAGCCCUCGCCCUUUCGACUUGACAUAUUGCAAGUUGUCUAAACCAAGCCAAGUCACCCCUAACUGCAGUUACCUAACUUUCAUUAUGGAGAAGGUCAUUCUUAUAACCUGUAAGGAUAUGAAGCUCCAGUUAACAGCUAUACUAUGAGGCAAUUUAUCCUGUUCCUUCUCCACAUCCUAUUGUCCUCCAUUUGCUCUCCCAUUUCCAUUUUUUCUUGUUGCUCUCCUCUUCUCAAGUAUCCUGCAGAGAAGGUCUUGAGAAGAGCAGACAGAUUAUUCUUUAUCAUUAUCUUCCAAAAAUAAAAUUCUUCUUUGCCUUAGAGGUCAUGCAAUUUUUGUUUUGGUCCUGGGAACAGAGGUGGCAGAAUAGAGCAAAGAUGCCUAGUUUUUCUGCCUGUCUUGUCUAACCCUUUCCUUGGAAAGGGGUAAGAAGACUGCUGCUCUUGUUCCUACCAUGAUCCUUAUAAUCAGUCUGUUCCCUGGUCGGAGUUUACCUUUGGGUAUAAUUUAAUGCAUCCUUUACCCAUCUUCUCCCUGGU